AUGGGCUGUUGCUUUUCUGAACCUAUUGACUUUGAUGGCGAGGUCAAUCUCUUUCACUUUGAUCUCCAUCGGGCGGUAGGAAAAGGGGCGUUUGGCAAAGUUCGCGUGGUAGAGCACAAGCGCACGAAAAAGCUCUAUGCUUUGAAGUACAUUGACAAGGCCAAGUGUAUUAAGCAGAAGGCAAUUGCGAAUGUCAUUCAGGAACGCAGGCUACUGGAAGAAAUUGACCACCCGUUUAUCGUUAACCUGCGUUAUGCCUUCCAGGAUGAUGAGAAUUGUUUCUUCGUCCUGGAUCUCAUGCUCGGUGGUGACCUUCGAUUCCAUCUGGAGAGGAAAGGACACCUGGGAGAAGAAGCUGUUCGCUUCUGGGUCGCCGAGCUGUCGUGCGGCCUUGCCUACCUCCAUCAGCAGAGAAUUAUUCACCGGGACCUGAAGCCAGAUAAUAUUCUCUUGGAUUCCGAGGGCCACGCUCACCUCACCGACUUCAACGUCGCCAUCCAUUACUCGGAGCGCCGCAUGCACACCAGUGUAGCUGGCAGCAUGGCCUACAUGGCGCCUGAGAUUCUGGGGAAGAAGGGCUACACAUGGUUCGUCGAUUGGUGGAGUCUUGGGGUGACUGCUUGGGAGAUGUUGUUCCAUCGGCGGCCUUUUGAUGGACGAACCGCCGACCAGAUGAAACAUUCUAUCAUGAAAGACCCCCUCAGAGUCCCGGAGCAUGUCGAGGAGAAGUGUAGUCCUGAAGGUCUACAGGCCUUGCGCCAGCUGUUGGAGCGCAACCCUACUAAGCGCCUUGGAUGCAGGGCAGGACAUGGGUUUGAUGACAUCCGCAAUCACCCUUGGUUUGCCUGCAUAGACUGGGAUAGGCUGGAAAAUAAGGAGCUGCAGCCGCCCUUCGUCCCUGAUAUGAAGAAGGCGAACUUCGAUGUCACGCACGAAUUAGACGAAUUCCUGAUGGUUGAGAAGCCGCUAACGCAUCAAAAGCGGAAGGCCCAUCCCGACCUGGAGAAAAUGAAACCUGAAUUACGACAACUCGAAGAACAGUAA